AUGGCACCUCAACUAGAGAAAGCGCUUCAGCUCAUCGACGAGGCUCACGCUCAAGACCCUAAGAAGGUCACGAUUGACGGACACGAAGUGCCGUACGAGCUUCACUAUGCCCGCCAGAUGACGCGCUAUCUCGAGCAACGCGCACCCGAUGCCUCGGAUCCUCUCAAGCUCGCCAUUCGUGCACAGCAUUUCCGCCGCUGGGAGAUUCCUCGAGACUCGUAUCCCAUGACGCGCAUCGGCUACCAUAGCUGGAGAACUUUUCUCAAGAAGAGACAGGCUCAACUGGUUGCUCCCAUCAUGGAGGAGUGUGGCUUCAACGCCGACGAUAUCCAAAAGACAAAGGCUAUGAUCGAGAAGCAAGGCUUGCGCGAGGGAGACAAGGACACUCAGGUCCUCGAGGACAUUGCCUGUCUCGUCUUCCUUGAUGACCAGUUUGAGGCUUUCGAGAAGACACUCGACGAAGAUAAGAUCAUCAAGAUUUUGCAAAAGACCUGGGUCAAGAUGAGUCCUGAGGGCCACAAGAUGGCUCUCGAGCUGCACAUGUCUCAAAGAUGUCAAGAGUUGGUUGAGAAGGCCUUGGCCGCUUGA